AGCAAUACAAAGUGAAGGUGAACGAAGCCUCUCCUGCUGUUGUUGCUGCUGUUGCUGUUGCCUCUGCUGCUGCUGCUGCUGCUGUCAUUAGCUUUCACUUUUGGCCUCCCACUCGCUUCCAGUCCGCCGCUCAUAUAUCUCUCUCGCUCUAUCUCUAUCAAUCACUUUCUGUCUUUCUCUCUCUAUCACUCUCUCUCUCUCCCCACCCACUAACAGGACAAGUCGUUCAUUCUAUGUGUAUGUUGCGCUUCUCUAUUCCGUACUUUGUGGACGGCCUUGUGAAAGAAAACUGUCCAGCGGCACUUUGCUAGUCAGUGGAGCUAAAACAUCAACCGGACAAAACCCCCCCUACGGAAUUGCUUGAUAUCCUUGUUAGUACUAAUACAAGGACCACUUUUUUUUUCCAUAAAGUUAUAUCCUUAUUGAUUGUGAAGAUAUGGAUGGGUACCAAUUCCAAAGAUUUGUUGAUCAUAAGUUAACUACAAUCUCAAUUCAUUGACUUAUUUUAUGGAUUAAAAUUCUACAAAUUUGUUCUGGUGGAUGUUAUGGGUAUUUGUGAACUGUUGUGAAUUAAUAUUUCACCAUGUCGAAAUCUGUGCAAAGUUCUCGAAUGGAGACGGAGGCUGUCCGAGAUCUUGGUACAUUUGUACACAGUCAUACUACAAGUGACGCUGAUAUUCAAGAUCACCGUUCUCAAGAAACUGUUUACAUUGGUCUUCGUGUACCAAGGUCUCGACGGCAUCGCAAGAGACAUCAUAGACAUCACCGCAAGGAUGAAUCCAAGGAACCAUUCAAAACACCCAAUGCUGAUGGUUCCGAUACUGGAUUGGCUCGGGCAGCAACCCCGCCAUCUCAGCGCAUUCAGUUCUUGCUUGGAGAAGAUGAUGAAGAUGAAGAACAUCGGGCACAUGAUAUGUUCUGUGAAAUGGCAGAACUUCACCAUGUGGAUGGAGAAUCCGAAUGGAAAGAAAGUGCCAGAUGGAUUAAAUUUGAAGAAGAUGUGGAAGAAGGUGGCGACCGAUGGUCGAAACCUCACGUUGCAACAUUAUCCUUGCAUUCAAUUUUUGAACUGCGCUGUUGUAUUAUGAGUGGUACAUGUAUGUUGGACAUGGAUACUUCUAACAUGCAGCAAAUGUCAGACCUGAUCUUAGAUACCAUGAUGGCUAAUAAACAACUUGCUGAAGAAAAUAGAGAGAAAGUGAAAGAAACACUACUCAGUCGUCAUCGGCAUCAACAUGAAAAACGUUAUCGCAAACCCGAAGAAUCAGGAAGUAAACUCCAUCUUCCAAUCAUCAGAUCUUUGGCUGACAUUGGCAAGAAAUAUUCAGAACCCAAAAAUUUGGGCCAACAUGACACUAAGCUUGGUACAAAAAGUACUCCAAAUUUAGGAUUGGUUCGGAAUAAUACCUCUGCUGGCAUUUCAGGGACAUCACCAACCAGUAGUACUUUGCAACCAAGUCCGUCAUUCUCCAAUAGCGAUCUCCCUGAAGUUCCUUCAUCCCACAAGAUUAAUAUGCAUUUCAUGAAGAAGAUCCCUCAAGGUGCAGAGUCUGCUAACAUUUUGGUUGGAGAAGUAGAUUACCUAAAUCAUCAGGUGUCAGGGUUUAUACGUCUCAACAAGGCUGUUAUUCUGGGAGAUUUGACUGAAGUUCCUGUACCAACCAAAUUUGUCUUUUUCUUGCUGGGCCCCUUAGGAAAUAGCAACAAAUACCAUGAAAUUGGACGUUCUAUUGCUACACUCAUGUCAGAUGAGAUAUUUCAUGACGUUGCUUACAAGGCCAGGAACCGAGAAGAUCUUUUAGCAGGAAUUGAUGAAUUCCUCGACCAAGUUACUGUUCUUCCCCCUGGUGAAUGGGAUCCUAGUAUUAGAAUAGAACCACCUAAAAGUGUUCCUUCACAGGAAGCACGAAAAACUCCAGGAUCUGGUGCUCAUCUUCCCAAUGGAAAAGCUCUCGUUGAGGAAGAAGAGGAUGAACAUGAUGAUGAAACUUUGAUAAGAACUGGACGUCUGUUUGGUGGAUUGAUAUCUGAUGUGAAAAGAAAGGCACCAUUUUAUCUAAGUGACUUCACUGAUGCCCUUCAUGUACAGUCUUUUGCCUCAUUUGUUUUCCUCUAUUUUGCAUGUCUCACACCAAUCAUUACUUUUGGUGGUUUACUUGGAGACGCAACAGGAGAAAAUAUGGCAGCCUUUGAGAGUAUUCUUGCCGGUGCCAUUUGUGGAAUUGUGUAUGCCUUGAUUUCUGGUCAACCUUUGACUAUUUUGGGAAGUACAGGUCCUGUUCUGGUAUUUGAAACUAUCCUGUAUAACUUUUGUUCGGAGCAACAGUUUGACUAUCUGGCAUUCCGGCUGUGGAUUGGUAUAUGGACUGGUUUGGUCCUCUUUAUUAUAGUUGCGUUGGAUCUCAGUGCAUUAGUACGCUAUAUCACACGUUUCACUGAAGAAAGCUUUGCUGCCCUUAUCUCAUUGAUUUUCAUUGUGGAAGCUCUGGCAAAACUGUACCACAUCAAAGACAACUACCCUAUAAAAACACUGUCCUCUGUUACUCCUUAUGUCAACUGCACUUGUGUUGAAUCCAACAAAACUGUACCUGAAAUCUAUAUAAACACUACCUCACUAAAUUGGACUGAUAUUGAAUGGGAUAAAUGUAAAAGGUAUGGAGGUGUUCUAAUAGGGCUGGGCUGUAAUUUCAAGCCAUAUGUACCAGAUGUAUUUUUCUUGUCUACUAUCUUGUUCUUUGGUACAUUUACUAUAUCUAUGUCAUUGAAAGCUUCAAGAAACAGCAGUUUUUUUCCCUCUUCAAUACGGGCAAUUAUAAGUGACUUUGCUGUUAUCAUUGCAAUUAUUUCCAUGGUUUUGUUAGAUGCCCUCAUCGAUUUAGAUACUCCUAAACUUAAAGUGCCUACUGAAUUUAAGCCUACCCUACCAACCCGUGGAUGGGUGGUGAAUCCUUUCAAGAACCCCUGGUGGACAAUACUUGCUGCCAUUAUCCCUGCCAUGCUAUGCACCAUUCUUAUCUUUAUGGAUCAGCAGAUUACUACUGUCAUUGUAAAUAGAAAAGAAAACAAACUGAAAAAAGGCCAUGGUUACCAUUUAGAUCUCUUUGUAAUUGCUACCCUCAUUUUAGUCUGUUCCUUCCUUGGCCUGCCAUGGUUCGUGGCAGCCACUGUCCUCUCCAUUACACAUGUCAUGAGUUUGAAAAAAGAAUCUCAAUGUACAGCUCCUGGUGAAAGUCCAAAAUUUCUUGGUGUUCGGGAACAACGAGUAACUGGUGUCCUUGUAUUUCUUAUGAUUGGUAUCUCGGUUACAUUAACUCGUGUACUGAUGAAAAUCCCCAUGCCAGUAUUAUAUGGUGUCUUCUUGUACAUGGGUGUCUCAUCGCUUCGUGGAAUGCAGCUCGUCUGUCGUGUAAUGAUUAUCUUCAUGCCUGCUAAAUACCAACCUGACUAUAUGUAUCUUCGACACGUGAGAACUUCACGUGUUCACUUAUUUACAUUAAUCCAACUCAUUUGUUUGGGAAUUCUCUGGGUAAUAAAAACAAUUAAGAAAAUCUCAAUCGCCUUCCCUCUCAUGGUUUUAGCCAUGUGCUUCGUACGUAAAGGAAUGGACUACAUCUUCACCCAGAGGGAGUUGAAGUGGUUAGAUGACAUCAUGCCAGAAGCUCACAAGAGAGCCAAAGAAGACGCUGAAAAACAAAUGCAAGAAGAAGAGAUGAAGUUGAUGGAGGGUGAUCCAAAUACUGAGAUGCAAAUUGACAGAAUCACUAUUAGCUCUGAGUUAGAUACUGUGAAUAUCUCUCAAGAAAUGUCCAAAACCUCCAUAUGGAAGACUAUUGUGGCUUCAGACCAAUCUAAUCAACCCCAGCAGGAGCAAGAAAAAUCCCAUAAAUCAGGAGAUAACAGUAAAAAAAAGACUAAAAAACAUGGUAAGAAAUGUAGUCCAACCAAGGCAUCUUCUGAUGAUAGCAGUUUGCCUCCAAUUCCUGGCAGCCCUGGAGCUGAAGAAUCUGGUUACAACUAUAGCGGUUCCCCAAAGAAAAGAAAUGUACCUGUAAAAUUUUACAUCGAUGAAUAUGAGGAAAAGGAACAUCUAAUGACGGCACCUAAUAUUGUUGUUGAGCCGCCGAGUGAGCGUGGCUCUCCUGAGAAAUAAGAUGGACAAUUAGUGUGAAUUGUGUGUUUGCACUAACUUUGAUAGCCAUUUCAGUGAGUCAUAUAUGGCCAGUGUUGAUAGUGAUGUUAAAAAAAAGGAAAUACAUUUUUCUGUGAAGUUCUUGUUCACAGGGAAACUACUUUUUCUACAGAAAUUUCAAAUGUUCUCUCCAACAAACGAAGUAUUGUAUUUAUAAGAAGAAAAUUUGUUUACAUAUUUUUACUUCUUUUUCCUGGUUGCUAACAAUCAACAGUACACUCUCCCUUGCAUCUUUUUAUUUUUAUUUUUAACAAUCCCAUGCAACAGUUCUAUGUGAAAUACAAAUAAUUUGUUAAUAGUUAGGGAGAACAAAAAAAAAAAACAGAUAGAAGAUGAAAAUUCACAUGACCUAUACAUUAAACCUAUUUUUAUUUUUUGUUUUCUUCCAUUUUUCUUAAAAUGUAGUUUUAAUAUUUGUGCCAACCAAAACCUUAAUUUGGAGUGUUGUGUUCAUUUUAGAAUUUUUACUUAAUUUCAUCUUCACCUUCUUACAUCAUAUCAUGUGAGAUAAAUUGAGAUAAUGCUUCCUACAGCAGAUGCUCGAAAAAUGUUUAACUCUUUGACUUUGUGAAGAAAAAAAUGGAUUAUUAAUAUUACUGCUCUUAUUAUUAUUAUUACUAUUAUUAUUAUUAUUAUUAUUAUUAUUAUUAUUAUUAUUAUAUCUUUUCCCACUGUUUCUGUCUUUCCUUCCCAAUAUUUCCAUGUUCCUCUUUGUCAUUCAUCAGAAUACAACCUAGUUGUAGUUCAGUCUUAUUGAUUUAGAUGUAACAUUAUGUCUAUAGUCUCAGCAGGUCACUUAGAACAUUGUAGUCUAUAAGGUAAGUCCAUAGGAAAAUGUAUAGAGCAGUGCUUAUGCAACAUUCACUUUCUUGUAGUUUAUUCUAGACUUUCCUGUAAUCACUCCUUUCUAAUUAAAAAAAACAAUAAAUGAUCCUAAUAUGCACAUGUG